AUGGUAGAGACGGUGGUCAUUCCACCGCGAGGCGACAACUGGGUCGACAUUGAGGGCUCAUCCUCGACACUGUCGCCGAAGCUGGUGUGCACCUUAAGGUUCUAUUGGGCGCCGUUUAAGAGGUGGAAAUCGGGAUGGAUGCCGUGUACAACUAGGGCGACGCUAUCACCGAUCGGGACUAUAGAUGAAUACGGCGAUGAGCGUAUCAAUGGAUCACACUUGAAACAAAUUUGGACACUAUUGCGUCCUUUUACAGUUGUCACCGAGCUUAUAACAGUAUCAAUGGCGGUGAUGCAAUUGAAUGUCGCCGGUCCGACCUCCGGGUUCAAAGUGUGGGCAUCUCCUUUCGGGGUGUCCAUAGCAAAAUGGUGUCUAUGGUUUUUGGAGUUUGGCAAAGGUUGGACCAGUAAUGGGCUGUGGGUUUUUGGACCCCAAAUUGGAACCUUUGGAUCUAUAGGCCCAUUUCAUGAUGGAGUGCUAGGGUGCCUUAUCUUUUCAGGCACCGACGAUUCGCAGAUAUUAGCCAAGAUGGUGUCUGCUGAAGAGCUCCUGAGUGUAAUGUACUCAGGGGGAAGAGUGGUGUAUGCAUGUUCUGCACUACCAAAUCAUGUUUCAUCAUCUUCAUUUUAUCUAGUUGUUCUGGUAUGGUAUCCGUGCAAGUCUAACUUGGCUUCAAGGAUCAAAAUGGAAGAAUUAUUUGCUGCAAGUUUAGAUAAGCUCAAGAAUCGAGCCCCCAAGAUUCGAGAGGCACCACAAGAGGCCACAAGUCUCUCGUGGUUGUUCCAUGGCAAGUUCAUCUUUCAGACCCGGUUUCUGAAUCCCAUUUGGGGUACUUUCGAUUUGGCGCAGUGCAAGCAAGAUGUGAACUUGACUGUCAGUGUGGUCAGAGAGCUAAUGGGCGAGCAGCUUUUGAACGGUGAUAAGGCUCUCUGUGUCGGUGAAGGAUCGGCCUCGGCCGUGAUGGCGUUGCAAGAUUUGGGGUUUCCCAAUGCUCGUGGUGUUUAUGAACACCGAUUCUUCUCCCUCAAGCGCAAACAGUUUGGGUAUGAGAUUUACUAUGAGGACAAGUCUUUCGAUUUCGUGUUCUGCAGGGAUCUAGACAAGGUUUCAGUCCCUGCUCUGCUUGUGCUCGAGAUUGAGCGCGUUCUUAGCCCAGGUGGAAUUGGGGCUAUGCUUGUUGGUAGCAGUGGUUUGGCUCCGAAUAGCCUGAUUAGGUCUGCUACCCCAAUUUCUUCAUUGCUGAAGAGCUCCAGUGUCGUGCAUGUUAAUUAUAUCAGCAAUUUCACACUGGUUGUGUUCAGGAAGAGUUACGAAAAUGCGGGUCUAUUUGAGCAGUAUCGCCUUCCGGCUGACUGCCAAUCCCUCACGAACAAUAGACCUUUGAUCGAGAAAAUGGAGCCUCUUGUGAAGGAAAAGCCAGUGGAGGACGGGAAGAUGGCUACUUAUUUGCCUAAUUUUACUGAUGUUUCCUCAAAGAAGCGGUUGGUCUAUAUCGAUAUUGGGGCAGCAGAGCUCCUGAAAUCAAAUGUCACAGACUGGUUCCUGCCUUCUUAUCCGAUUACACACAGAGCUUUCCAUGUCUAUUUUGUUGACCACAACACUUCUGUGCUAUUGUCUUAUGUCAAAAAGCCGGGAAUCACCUUCGUUUAUCAUCCAGGGCUGGCUGGAAUUAAGGACAAGGACAAUGUUAACAUUGAAGCAGAUGCAGAGCCCUAUGUCGCAGAUGAAGGGUUUGAUUUUCUUGUUUGGUUUAAAGAAACAGGGCAGCAUGCCGAGUUUGUGGUGCUGAAGAUGAAUGCAGGCAGUGUGGAAUUGAAGUUCCUCAUCCACACGAGGCCACUUCCAAUUCCCUGACCUCUCCCAACCCAUCAGAGUAAGUAUUCCAAAUGCCCCCAAUCUUUUUGGUGAAGUUAUUGUUGUGUUCAUUUGUUGGCCUGUUGGUUUCUGAGAAAUGUAUUAGAGGCCCCAUUACUGCAUAGAGCUUUUUAGUUCUGCUUUUGAUUUCUAUUUCCCUCCGGGUUCCUGAAAUGGGGCAUGACAUAAAAGUUGUCUUCUUUAUAUUCAAUUGCUGUUUGGAUUUCUGGGAAAUUGGAGGGACAAAAGAGAAAAGAAACCUCUCAUUCUAUCUUUGUUGCCAGUAUCAUAAAGCUAGUGCCUUUAUGUGCUUUUGGGGAUUCUUGAGGACAAGUGAAGUUGGAGAGUUCCUUAGUGGGGCUUUAGCAGGGGCAAUGACCAAAGCUGUUCUUGCUCCUCUUGAGACCAUCAGGUAAGGUUAACUCAGUAGUUACUGUAUUUGAUACACUAUUUAUGAAAUAUUUUAGGUUUCCAUGGUAACUUAAAUAAGUGAAGAGGUGCAUAAGUACCUAUAAACAAUGGUGAAUGCAACUUCUUAAAGCUCAUUCAACAGUUGAAACAGUUUAUGGACUGCAGUAACAAUUGGAUUUAUAGAGCUUGUUCUAGUUAACAACGUAGACCCAAAGGAUGUUGGUAUUUGAUUCCGCGCUAUGGCUUCGUACCAUUGUUUGGUUGAUCAGUCUAGUUUACUUGUCUUGGUUACACCAGUCCGCGCGGAGGCACCUGUAUUUGAUCAGUCUACUAAGAAUUACAUCAAGAUUCCGCUAAGGUUACUACUUUUUCUUUUCAUUUACAAAUGCAUUAGAGUUAUCUGUUUUGUUCUUGUUCGUUGUUGUUGGAUGAGGAAUUUAUAUAUGUUUGAGGUCUCGAAUAUAUAAAUUACUGAUUAUAUAAAGUUCUGAAAUCAGUAAUAUCAACUAAAUAGAAAACUAUGCUCAGUAUGUGUAAUCUCCCUUUUGGCAUUAUGAUUGUAUGGCUAUAGUAAUAUGAUUCUCUGAUGGAUAGUUUAUAUUUUCUUAAACCGUUCAAAGCACAAGAUAUCACUUUGAGAAAAAAGUUCAUACUUUCUUUAAAAAGUGAUAUCUUGUGCUUUGAACAGUUCAAGGCCUAUUGGCAAUGACGUAAUUAGCAUUUAUUUGGGAACAACUAAUUGCCUUUGUAUUGUGUUCUGGAACUCAUCAAGCAGGUAUAGGCUCAUCAAGCAGGUAUAGGCUCCGGCAGUUCUUGUAACUCUACUUGGUGCAUUGAAUAUAAUGGGUAAGUUUUAGAUAUGUUUGAGGUCAUUUCUGAUUGCAAUUCCUUUUCUUUCUUUUUUUCCUCAGUUACGUCUAAUCUAUUGAAUCGGAUGGUUGGUUUUUGUGGUAUUGUGGUUUAAUUUGCAAUGCUUUUUCACGUCUUCAGAUAUCCUAGAAUGGUGCUCUAAUUGAAUUCCCAGGUUUCAAACUCUGUGCAUGUAUAAGUUUUUGUGCGGUUUUGGUUUUUUUUUUUUCCUUUCUGUUUUCCAAUUCUCUGUUGACUCAGGUUUAAGGCUUAUUUGAAUGAGUUGUUGAUAGGCAUAAUUUGGCUCAAUCACAACUGAUGCUUCAAUAUGGUCUGAGGCAUUGCAGCUACUGGCCGAGGAUUAAAGCAGAAAGUGGAAUUAAAGGUCAGCAUAAUUUCAAUAAAUGUUGACAGUCCUUAACAAGAAGGUUAUUCAUGAACUCAGUUCAGUUUUCUUUUUCCAUCAUGGAUAAGUCCUGGAAUGUAAUUAAAAAGAUGAACUUCCUUCUUCAAAACUUCUUUUCUGUUGGGUGCAUGCUUCGACCAGCUAAGAAAGAAAGCUAUAGUAAAUGGAAGAGGAUAGAGGAAAUCUUAUAAUUAACUUUCCAGCUUUUAGUGCUUUGUUUUUGGUUUGAAUUUCUAUCUAAUGAAGAAGGGAAAAGGUACUUUGCCUGGUCUUGAUUCCCUUCGUGGCCAUCUAAGGACUUGCUGACUUUAGCUCACAACUUGAUUCAUCUCCAGCAGCCUCUUUUAGACCUAAGUGGAUAUAUGUGAAACUAUAAGCUAUUAAUUUUCCUUUUGUUGCGAUUCGAUUCAAGGCAAAUGCCACACCAGACUUUGCAGAACAAAUUAAAAAAUUCUGAAAAUUCCAUCAUUAUACUAUGAAAUAGUGGAUUUAGCUCUAGCUAAAUGUUACUGUAUAGUUUGUGUAUUUGAAUGGGAAAUAAUCAAUCCUUGAGUCUUUUCUUCUCUUUGGUAACUAAAUUUUCAGAUUCAUUUCAUUAGCUUGGAUGAAAUCAAGGUACAUAUCAGUUGCUAUGAUUAAAGCUUCAAUCUUUUUACUGAAUUUUGGUGUUUGGGUGUGGUCAGUUUGCUAAUUUCUAUCACUCUAUCACUGUACCUUAUGUUUAUUUGAACUGGGUGAAUGCAUUCAAGGAGAAAAAUGUCAACUCUUUGUCUCUGUUUAGUCACAAUGGUAAAAUUUAGAGCUAAAUGCAGUUUUACUUGCUGAGACUUUCGGACAUUGAUUCUUAGUUUUGUUGGACUCAAAGUUGUGGGUAUGUAAAGUGAAGAUAUAUGCUUUCUGCUCUGUGUUUAAUGUGUUCUGUAAGUACAAUUAGGAAUUAUAUGGAAGUAUCUGUAGGCACUUUUCGAACCAUUGGGUGCAAUUACUUGAUAAUGAUGGUGAGGUAAAAUGUGUCUAUGGGUUCAAGGAAGUGAUGCCCUUUUCGUUUUAUAUUUGUGGCAGGUGCCCUAUUGCUUCAUUUGAUUUGGAUCGUCAAGUAUCGAAUAAGUUAUUGUUUCCUUGGAAUUUAAGCCACAACCUUAUUAAAGGAAGCAAAAUUCAUAAGACAUAUAAAGCUGGCUUUUGGGAAUCGAUUAAAUCUGGUUUUCAGUCAGCAUGUCUUUGCAUGAUACAAGCUUUUGCUUUAUUUGCACUCAUUUAACCUCAGGAGAGAAGGAUUGGAGGGUGAUGAGCUAAGAAGGAAUUCUGAUGUCAUGGAGAUCCUAAAGAAGACAAGUUUCCAAAGGUUAUUGGCUCUAGCGCGUUGAAAAACCCAGAAACAACCCUGGAGCAUGAACUAUUGAUUAAAGACUGAUUACAACUUAAGCAUAUG